UCGAUUUCUUCCAGAUAUCCUGUCACACUGCAGAUUAAUUUUGGAUCUGGAGCAUCUACUGCAACAAACAUAAUUUACUUUAUAUUAAGCCCAUAUAGGGUGGCGGCUGUAUAAAACUGGGGGUAAACAAACCACCGCAUUUGCAUGGUUGGUGGAAUUCUACUGUAUACGUGACCUUUAAGCAGGAUAUAAAAGAGAUUCCGACAGAAUUAUAAGCUCAAAGCCGCAGGUGUAACGGAAUACAAGGAUAACUAUUAGAAAUGGUUUACAAAACAGUAAUCUACGUUCUCAUUGCCUCCUUGGUUCUGCAACCAACCGAAGGUUGGCUGCUCACCAUUGGUCUUGGAGUCGCCGGAUUUGUUGCUGGUCCUAUCGUGGCCCCGAUAGCAUUGGGAGCAGCUGGAUUUGGUGCCGGUGGUAUUGCCGCCGGAAGUGCUGCCGCCUCUUGGAUGGCUUCAUACGGAGGCACUGUUGCGGCUGGCUCUGCUCUUUCAAUUGCUCAGUCAGCCGGUGCCGCAGGAAUAGGAUUGGCGGGAAAGGCAGCCGUAGGGGCUGCUGGAGCGGCAGUCGGAGCCUUGUAUGAGAAGUCAAAAUGUGAAAACGGCUGAGAGUAAUUUUCGACAGAACAGUUGCAGCGUGUUUCAAAAUUAAACCAUUGCUUUAAAAUCUUUGAAAAAUUGUUACAAUUUAACUUAAAGUUCUUGUACUGAAAUGAAAAGAAGACAAUUAUACUUAUAAUCGAAGUAGAAAAUUAUCUUUAAACGUAUCAAACGUAUAUUUUCAUACACCAGAAAAAGCAACACUUUAUAUCUCAUUAACAAAACGGAUAUAUUUUUAAUACACGUUGUAAACUUUU